AACACUCGUCUCUUUCGAUUCCGUCUUCCCCUGCCCUGCCUGCCCCACAGCGACCUCUUCUUCUUCUUCUUCUUCCCACCCCAACCGCACGCCGGCCGCGAGCCUGAUUGAUCACCGACGCGGUAGACCGCUCCGGCCGCCGCUCUCGCGCUCGCGCGCAGGGGAGGACUAGCCGGCGUCGAGCCAAUCGCGUGACCGGCGAGGAAAGAGUGCGAGCACGAUGCGACCGGGCGGGCCGCCGAACGCGCGGCCGCAGCAGCCGGGCACCCCGGGGCGGGCGCGGCGCCGCCCGGAUCUCACGCUGCCGCUGCCGCAGCGGGACCUCACAUCGCUCGCCGUGCCGCUGCCUCUGCCUCCCCCGCCGUCCUCCGCGCCGUCCUCUGCCUCCUCCUCAGGUUCGUCCCUAUCGUCCAUGGGCGCGCCGACCCCGCCCAACUCGGCAGGCUCCGCGCCGCCGCCCCCGCCGCCGCUCGCGGAGCUGGAGCGCGUCCGCCGCAUCGGGAGCGGGGCAGGCGGCACGGUCUGGAUGGUGCGCCACCGGCCCACGGGGAGGCCCUACGCGCUCAAGGUGCUCUACGGGAACCACGACGACGCCGUGCGGCGGCAGAUCACGCGCGAGAUCGCCAUCCUGCGCACCGCCGAGCACCCGGCCAUCGUGCGCUGCCACGGCAUGUACGAGCAGGCCGGGGAGCUGCAGAUCCUGCUCGAGUUCAUGGACGGGGGCUCCCUCGAGGGCCGCCGCAUCGCCUCCGAGGCCUUCCUAGCCGACGUCGCGCGCCAGGUGCUCUCAGGCAUCGCCUACCUCCACCGCCGCCACAUCGUCCACCGCGACAUCAAGCCUUCCAACCUCCUCAUCGACUCCGGCCGCCGCGUCAAGAUCGCCGACUUCGGCGUCGGCCGCAUCCUCAACCAGACCAUGGACCCCUGCAACUCCUCCGUCGGCACCAUCGCCUACAUGAGCCCCGAGCGCAUCAACACCGACCUCAACGACGGCGCCUACGACGGGUACGCCGGCGACAUCUGGAGCUUCGGCCUCAGCAUUCUCGAGUUCUACCUCGGCAGGUUCCCCCUCGGGGAGAAUCUCGGCAAGCAGGGCGACUGGGCCGCUCUCAUGUGCGCGAUUUGCUACUCCGACUCGCCGGCUCCGCCGCCCAUCGCCUCCCCAGAGUUCAAGAGCUUCAUCAGCUGCUGCCUCCAGAAGAAUCCGGCGAGGCGUCCGUCCGCCGCGCAGCUGCUGCAACACCGCUUCAUCGCCGGGCCGCAGCCGCAGGUCCUCGCCGCCCCACCGUCGUGAAAACCGGCCAUAAUUUGGAUGGAUUCCCGUGUCGAUCCGACCCGGACAUGGAUAGAUGGUGGGGGCAAUGAGACAAGGGAUCUAGGGGGUUGUUCUUCUUCCUAGCCAUUUUGGUAUUCAAGCCACCACUAAAAAUUCCCCUCAUCCCCUGUUGUUGUUAUUGCUGCUGCUCCAGAAACUAAGUCACAUUUUAUUUCUAAUCUUCUACUGUUUAUGUUCUUCCAAAUGAAUGAUCAUAUAAUAUGGGUUGUUCAGGAAACAGUUUCGUUCAUCAAAUUUUCAGCAUCAAUCAUUGGAGCAGUAGUAGGUUGUAGAGAGGCUUCUUGGAUUCUGCAGUUCUGAGAUGUAUUGGAUAAAUGGAUCAUGCCAUCAUGGAGCAAAUCUUUGAAA